GUAACUGUUUAAAAUAAGUAUCUAACGCUCCCUCAAUUUUCUCGUUCAAUCUCAACCAAAAGCACCGAUUCUUUUGAGCAACCGUAACAAAAUUCAGCAAGUAUGGAAGCCAACAGGGGCCAGAAUGGUAUUCAACAGCUACUCGCUGCAGAACAAGAAGCUCAGUACAUUGUCAAUACUGCAAGAAACACAAAAAUGGCUAGACUAAAACUGGCCAAGGAAGAGGCAGAGAAAGAGAUUGCUGAAUAUCGUGCUCAAGUAGAGUAUGAGUUUCAGAAGAAGGUAGCAGAGAGUAGCGGAGACUCUGGGGCUAAUGUGAAGCGGCUUGAGCUGGAAACAGAUGCAAAGAUCAAUCACUUGAAGAAUGAAGCUGCAACGAUAUCGCACGAUGUUGUACAGAUGCUUUUGAAGCAUGUGACAUCUGUGAGGAACUAGGAUCUUCCUUGAGGUUGAUGAUUUAAUUGUCUACAACCUACAAUGCCUGUAUUUUUACAUGAAAACUCUGAGCUCAUGCUUGGAAACAAUUCAAUGCUAUUAUAUUAUUUGUCGUAUUUUAUUU